AAAUAAAAGCCUAUACUAGUCCUAACGGACUUUCUCUGUGUUCUUACCUUUUCUCUUAUUUUAUAUCUAUUCUCUCCUCAUCUCGCAACAUCAGCUACUUGACAAACUGAGUGUCCACUCUAUCAGUAAAUCCAAAGUAUUGUAAUAAGUGCAACAAACCGCGUUCUCAAGUAAGGAUCACUGGGCAGGGGCUCCAAGAAAAGACCGAUUCCGAUGUGUUUGACCUUUUAAAUCAAUACUCCAAGCCUGUUGGUCUUCUUCAUGUCGCGAAAAAGCAAUCGCAUCGGUAUUUAUCUUAACUCCAAAUUCAAAACGUUGGGCUGAUUCUCUUUCUGCGUACUGUGUUUAUCAGUUGUGCUUUUGUUCAUUUCGACUCUCAUGCAAAUGCUUCUGUCUUCUUCAAUCUUCAUAAGGACGCUACAACGUCUCUUGGAAGUUGUGGUAUACAAGUACAACCAGCCAUGCAGUUGUCUGGCAAUAGCGUCACUUACAGUCAGCGACCUCUAUCUUUUAAUCCACCUAGCACGUCAACAGUACCAUUGAUUCCUGCACCACCUCCACUUGAUUCUGAGCCAUCGUCACCCCGUCCUGUCACUGAGCGUGUGACAACAAAUGUUAUUGAAUUGACAACCUCUAGUUGGAAAAGAAAACAAGAAGAGUCUUAUUCUUUUGCUUGAGGACAUUCGAAAAAAACGGGCCAAGAUGAAUGAAUUGGAAAAUGAACUUGCAAAAAUGGAAGAACAAGCGACCCUCAUGAAGAAAAUUCUUGACAUCUAAUCAGUCACUCUUCGAUACAUCUUUUUCUUUUUUUUUUACCACUUUAUGAUACCUUCUCUCUGUUCUCUACUGUUCUCUAUGUUUGCCUUAUUCGGAAAAAUGUAAAAUAAAUAAUGAACUUUAUUGCAAGC